CCGGUAACCAUUUUAAUAGGUUGGGCUGGAAAAACUUGAUUGAUAACAUGAAAAAACAUACAAAUAUAACAUUUAACAAAAUGCAACUUAAGAAUCAUUGGGAUAAGAUGAAGAAAGAAUGGAAAGCUUAUGAUAAGCUAAUGAGGAAAGAAUCUGGCCUUGGAUGGGAUCCGGUUACGAAGAGCAUUGAUGCUACACCAGAUUGGUGGGCAGCAGUAAUACAGGAGGAUCCUGAAUGUGCAAAACUCAAAGGCAAGAAUCUGGAAAUGUAUCAAGUUUACUGUGAACCUCUGUUUAGAGAUAGAGUAGCAACGGGUGAAAAUGCAAGGGAUGCAAAUUAUUACACUGGUGGUCAAGAGGAGUGUAAAGGCAAUUGUAUCCCUUCAAGGUAUGACAUUCUGGAUUAAUAAAUACAUUUUAAUGUGUGCUGAUAUCUAAUGUUUAACUCCAUUUGGUAAAUGAGUGUACACACCCUUUUACUUAUUGCCUGAAUAUUUCUAUUUCAGGUUCAGAGUGACCAUUUUGUUGAUUCUUUUGCUGCUUAGUUAGACAAGACUGAUGAUCUAAGGACAACGAAAUCUCCUGUGUUGUACGUACCUGCCGUCUACUGCUUUCCGGCCGUAGCUACAGUCGUUUCCGCUGGUAAUUAGUCAAGUUCCUUCCAUACUCUAUCUGCAAAUAAACAGUAUAAUUCCUUACCUACAGCCAACCCUUCUUUCCUCAUCUCUUCAAAAAAAAAAAUUGCUUCAGAAAACUUUUUUCUCUUCAAGAAACCCUUAAUGAGUGCAUGAUAUGUAUCAACUGUUGGUCUAUAUCCCUUUCCAACCAGUUCUUUAUGUAAAAACCAAGCUUCCUUCAUAUUCCUAGCUUUGCAAUGUCCUCUUAUCAAUAUGUUAUAUGAAUUACCAUCCGGCUUAACACCUUUUCUGACCAUCCCCUUGCAAAUCUCAGAUGCGACAUGAAUGUUAUUCCUAAUACAGUAUUGCUUCAUCAGAGAAUUGUAAGUGGUAGCAUUUGGAUGUAUACCUUUAUCCAACAUCCAACCCAAAAUCUCCCUACCCUCUUCAAGCAUCCCUAAGGAGCAGAACCCGUUGAUCAAAACAUUGAAGGUAACUAUACUGGGCUGAAUUGCUUUGGAUAGCAUAUUAUUCAGAAGAUCGUGUGCCUUUGCCAUUUCUCCAGAUUUACAAUAAGCAUCCAUUAGUGUAGUGUAGGUAAAACAGUCAGGUAGAAUGCCAAACGCUUCCAUUUCUUUCAUCACCUUUACUGCUUGGGAAAUAUUUCCAGCUUUGCAAAAACCAUUAAUAAGUGAAUUGUAAGUGUAAA